AUGGCCUGGGAUGCGACGGCAACAGCAGUCAUAAGGGCAGAGGGCGAGACAGGAAUAUGCGCGGGCAAGUCGUCGAUAGCUUCCUAUCUCGUUGAAGAGCACCACUUCACCCGCCUCGGCCUGGUGCGAACGGCUGCCACGCCUCCAGAGGAAGAGUCGGCCUCGCCCGCUGCGUCAGGGCGCACAUUUCCAGACGUCGAUGCGCUGCUCGAGUUCGUCACGCUGAGAUGGAGAGAGCGAUUCGUCCUGACGGAUAUAUGGGACGAAACCGUGGUUGAUGCCCUUAUGAGACGCCCCUUCUUCCUCCUCGUCAGCGUAGAUGCGCCCGUCAGUGUGCGAUGGCAACGAUUCAAGGCCCGCUGUGCUGCCACCCAGCACACACCGCCAACCCUCGACGACUUCGUUCUACGCAACGACCAGCACUUGUUCGCCCCCAAGACUGGCCUCAGCGCCCUGUGCCAGCGAGCACAGUUGAAGCUACUCAACUCCUCAUCCGACAUGACCGUCCUACGCAACGCCAUCCUGCACCUGGACCUCAUGGACGAAGCACGUGUGCGGCCGAGCUGGGACCAAUACUUCAUGCAGCUGGCCGAUCUGGCAGCACGUAGGAGCAACUGCAUGAAGCGGCGGGUAGGCUGUUGUAUAGUUAGGGAAAAACGUGUCAUCAGCACCGGAUACAAUGGCACACCACGCGGCAUGACCAACUGCAACGAGGGCGGAUGUCCUCGCUGCAACAAUGCCGCCCAAGGAGGCGUCGGUCUCUCCACCUGUCUCUGCCUGCACGCCGAAGAAAAUGCCCUGCUCGAAGCUGGCCGUGAUCGCAUCGGCGAGAACGCCAUCUUAUACUGCAAUACCUGCCCUUGCCUGACCUGUAGUGUCAAGAUAACACAAGUCGGUAUUAGCGAGGUAGUCUACAACCAAGGCUAUCUUGUAGACGACCAGACAGCUAGGAUAUUUGCUGAAAGCGGUGUCAAGUUGCGUCAGUUCUCCCCGCCUGCCGACGGCCUUGUAGACCUGAGCAUUUAA